AUGGCGUCCGUGGUACAGUCAAUGCCUGUAGAUGUCCUCACACAGAUAUUUACGGGACUCAAGAGCAGAAAUGCAGAUACGCGAAUACAAUCUGCUUUGGAACUGAAGCGUUUCGUUUCAACGGCGGUUGCGGAAAUGACCUCGGACGCCGCAGCCAAACUUUGGGAUGACAACAUCAAUCGCAGGCUCUUCGAGUUGACCCAUAGUCAAAGCAGUGUUGAAGCGUUUGGAGGAUUACUGGCCAUCGGUAUGAUAGACCAGGAAGAAACGAUAGAGUCUAAGAGGAAUCUGUUUCGAUUCUACAAUUACGUCAAGCACCUCUUGCCAAAUCAUGAUGUCAAUCUCAUGUUGGCAGCGUCAAAGAUCCUUGGUGAAAUUGCGCGGAUUGGCGGCGCUGCGUUUGGGGAACGUUUCAUGGACUUUGAGGUUCCGGCUGCUAUUGAGUUGAUGCAACCAGACAAACAGGAAUCGCCGAGGUACGCGGGUGUCCUUAUUCUCAAGGAACUCGCACGCAACAGCCAGACGUACUUUCAUUCGCACAUUGGCAUCGUAUUUGAAAAUAUUCUGGUGCCUUUGCGUGACCAACGCGUCAUUGUCCGAGAGGGUGCUGCGGAACUGCUGGCAGCGUGUCUAGAAAUUGUGACGAUAAGGGAGCGACAGGCUCGGAGCCCUUACUUGUCAAAGAUACUACAAGAUGCGCAAACGGGUCUCAAGCAAUCACAACCUGAAAUCAUUCAUGGCUCGUUGCUUGCUUAUCGCGAGUUGUUGCUCCACGCUGGAAUGUUCAUGAAGGAGAACUUUCUGGAUACCGCUGAACAAAUUCUCCGCUUCAAGGCACAUCGAGAUUUACUCGUUCGAAAGAUGGUCAUCACAAUUAUACCAACUCUCGCGGCCUACGACACACAGACGUUCACCGAACACUUCUUACACAAAGCCAUGGCACAUCUUCUUACACAACUUGACAAGCCAAACGAACGGUCCUGGGCAUUUAUCGCGAUAGGACACACUGCGACUGCUGUUACCAGCGACAUGAAACCCUUUUUGGACUCGAUUAUGGCGCACAUUAGGCAAGGGCUACAAGGUCAAGGACGUAAAAAUGCGCCCUCUGAAGAACCCAUCUUCCAAUGUGUGGGAAUGCUUGCAUCGGCAGUUGGACCGAAUCUAACCAAAUUAUUGCACGACCAACUUGAUCUUAUGUUGGCAUGUGGUUUGAGUGAACCUCUCGUCCAAGCUCUCGUUGCUAUAGCAAAAUUCAUCCCACCACUUCUCAAGACCAUACAAGAUCGCCUACUGGAUGUUCUUUCCAUGAUUCUUAGUGGGCAGCCUUACAAACCACUAGGGGCUCCUCCGUCGCUCGCAAGGAACGAUCUCGGUGUAAUAACACGAGAUUUAAAUGCUACACAGAUUUCUCCCAAUGACAAGAACCCAGAGAUGAUAACCCUGGCUCUGAAGACUUUGGGAGAGUUUGACUUCAGUGGCCACAUUUUGAAUGAAUUUGUUCGAACAUGUGCAUUACCGUAUCUGGAAGACGAUAACCCGGAAGUCCGAUGCACAGCGGCGCACACUUGUUGCAUUCUGUUUGUUAGGGAUCCUAUCUGCUUCCAAGCAAGUAGCCAUGCCAUCGAGGUCAUCAGCGACGUCUUGGACAAAUUGCUUACCGUGGGGAUUGCUGAUCCAGAUUCUCAGAUACGGUAUACGGUAUUAACGAAUCUGCACGAGCGCUUUGACAAGCACCUAGCUCAAGCGGAAAACGUUCGAUCACUAUUUAUCGCCUUGAAUGAUGAAAUGUUCGAGAAUCGUAUCGCGGCCGUCUCUCUUAUCGGCCGUCUAGCAAAGCACAAUCCAGCAUAUGUCAUGCCUUCCCUUCGAAAAGCGCUGAUUCAAUUACUAACCGAGCUUGAAUAUUCAACUGUGAUGCGCAAUCGCGAGGACUGUACCCGGCUCCUGACGCUCUUGGUUAGCGCCACCCAGCGACUUAUCAAACCUUAUGCCCUUCCGAUGUUACGCGUACUCCUUCAGAAGGCCAAUGACACGAAUCCCACUGUUGCUGCCAACGUCUUGAUGUGCCUUGGCGAACUGGCUUGUGUAGGAGGGGAGGAUGCAAUGCCUCACGUCCCAGAACUCAUGCAAGUAAUCAUUGCGAGAUUGUCUGACCCAUCCUUGGUUAAACGAGAUGCUGCCCUCCAUACCCUUGGUCAAGUUUGCUCGAGCACCGGUUAUGUCAUAGCCCCGCUCGUGGAUUACCCUCAAUUGUUACCUCUCCUCGGAAGGAUUCUAAGGACCGAAACGACACAGCUGAUUCGACGAGAAGUGAUAAAAGUUCUCGGAAUACUCGGGGCACUUGACCCUUACAGGCGAAAGAGCAAACCCGAAGAAGAAGCGGCAUCAAGCGAAACUGCUGUGGCGGCUGUAAAUCAAGUUCCAGUAACUCAGCAUACGACUUCGUCAGGGGCGGACGACUACUUCCAGACCGUAGUUAUCACCGCCUUGCUAGCUAUCCUUAAGGAUCAAGCCCUCAGUAGUCACCACCACACCGUCAUCGAGGCUAUCAUGUCGAUUUUCAAAACCCAGGGAUUGAAAUGUGUAACUUUUUUGCCGCAGAUUAUCCCAGCAUUUGCCGCCGUUACGCGCAGUUCUACUGCUCGACUACAGGAGUUUCAUCUACAACAGCUUGCAAUUCUGGUUAGCAUCAUCAAACAGCAUGUUCGCAAUUAUAUGCCCGAAGUGUUCAGCCUGAUCACUGAGUUAUGGGAAAAUGUCACCCUACAACUUCCGAUUGUCUCCUUGAUCGAGGCGUUGGGGAAGGCUCUCGACGCUGAAUUUAAACCAUUUCUACCAACGAUCUUGCCAUUAAUUCUCAAAGUCUUUGAUGGCGAGCUCAACGAGAAGAGGAUGAGCACACAAAUCAAAAUCUUCGACGCCUUUCUUACAUUUGGAGCGAACAUUGAAGAGUACCUCCACUUGGUCAUUCCAAUCAUUGUCAAAUCGUACGAAAGGACGGAUUGCACCACAGCAUUGCGGAAGAGAGCUAUUCAAACAAUAGAGGGGUUAUCCAGGCGAGUAAACUUUUCCGAUCAUGCAUCACGCAUCAUCCAUCCAUUGGUUCGCGUUCUGGAGGGAUCAAAUAAUGAAUUGCGCAUGGCGGUGAUGGAUACUCUGUGUUCGUUGGUGGUCCAACUAGGAUCAGAUUUCGCUAUCUUUGUUCCAACCAUCAAUAAGUGCUUGUUACGCAACCGUAUACCUCACCCAAAGUACGAAAAUUUGAUUUCCAAAUUGCUCAAUGGCGAACGCCUACCACAGGAGACAGGUAGCUCCAAAGCACCAGAGUUUUCUGCCCCCGCAGAAGCGACCAAGAUGACGGUCAACCAGCAACAUCUCAAACAGGCAUGGGAUACUUCUCAGAUUUCAACAAAGGAAGAUUGGACCGAGUGGAUGCAUCGUCUCGGUGUCGAAUUUAUGAAGGAAUCACCUUCUCAUGCUCUAAGGGCGUGUAUGAGUCUGGUGGACAUACAUCCGCCGCUUGCGAAAGAGCUUUUCAAUGCAGCAUUCUUGUCUUGUUGGGGGGAACUUUACGAUCAAUAUCAGGAGGAUCUUGUCCGUUCUAUCGAAUUCGCCAUUACCUCUUCUACAGCACCUCAAGAUCUCAUCCAUCGUCUGCUCAAUUUGGCGGAAUUUAUGGAGCAUGAAGAGAAACCUCUACCCAUUGAACAUCGAACGCUAGGAGAAUACGCUAUGAAAUACAUGGCUUACGCAAAGGCACUGCAUUAUAAGGAAUUGGAAUACUUCUCUGAAUCAUCACCAGCCGUGAUUGAGGCGCUUAUCUCUAUUAAUACCAGGCUUCAGCAGCAUGACGCUGCGUGGGGAACUCUGCUUACCGCCCGUGAGCAAUACGAUGUGACCAAACAUGAGGAAUGGUACGAAAGACUGGGACGCUGGCAGGAAGCGCUUGUUGCCUACGACAAGAAGGCUGAAGUUGACCCGGGGGCUCCUGACAUUCAGAUUGGACGUAUGAAGUGCUUACACGCUCUAGGAGAAUGGGAUAUGUUGGCUCAACAGGUCGAGGAAAAUUGGUCUAACGCCAAUCAUGAGGAUCGUCGAGAGAUUGCCCCAAUGGCUGCUGCUGCUGCUUGGUCCUUGAACGAAUGGGAUUCCAUGGAUGACUACAUUACGACAAUGAAAAUGGAUUCUCCGGACCGUGCAUUCUACCGUGCCAUUCUUUCCGUGCAUCAAAACCAGUUUCCAAAAGCCCUAAGCCAUAUCGCUAAAGCCAGGGACCUGCUAGACCCUGAACUAAGCUCAUUUGUUGGAGAGGGUUAUGGACGUUCAUACAACGUAAUGGUUCGCGCGCAAAUGCUUUCGGAGUUGGAAGAAAUCAUCGCGUUCAAACAGUAUGCUGAUCAACCCGAGCGACAACAAUCCAUGAGGAAGACUUGGAUGAAGCGUCUUCAGGGCUGCCAACCCGAUGUAGAGGUUUGGCAACGAAUCCUUCAAGUUCGAACACUCGUUCUUAACCCAGAAGAUGACCCAAUAAUGUGGAUCAAAUUCGCAAACUUGUGCCGAAAAAAUGAACGAAUGGCUUUAGCGGAAAAGACCAUCAAUUCCUUACUUAGUCCAGAAAGGGUGCGCACAUUACUUAAUCCACACUUACACAACCAUCACCGUACACAGGCACCUCCCAAUGUGGUCUACGCGCAGUUGAAGUAUAUGUGGUCAACAGGAGCCAAAGAGGAGAGCCUUAGUUUUCUUCGCAAAUUUUCAACGAAGAUGGUGAGCGACCUGCAGCAAGAAUCAAAUGAAAAUACGCAUCGGUCUGGAGUUUCAAAACAAAAGCUAGCGGAGCUGUCGAAGUUAAUCGCUCGAUGUUACUUCAAACAAGGUCAAUGGCAGGUUGAACUCAAAGAAGACUGGAACGCGCGAAAUGUUGAUGAUAUCUUACAUUCGUAUUUCCUCGCAACACACUAUGACCCACUUUGGUAUAAAGCGUGGCACACUUGGGCACUGGAGAAUUUCGAGGUCAUUGGUCACAUGGAAAGCCAGAGUGAAAAUCGACCUAACGAUUUGCCUGGAGACCAUCUCGCAGCUCACGUUGUUCAGGCAGUCGAAGGUUUCUUCCGCUCUAUAUCUCUUCGAAAUGAAGAUGCACUACAAGAUACUCUUCGAUUGUUGACUUUGUGGUUUAAAUUUGGAGCGCACGACGAAGUAAGCCAUGCGAUGGGCAACGGUUUCUCCUCUGUAGAGGUAGAUACGUGGCUGGAAGUCAUCCCUCAGAUCAUUGCAAGAAUUCAGACACCCCACGCAAAUAUCAGACGGAACAUCAAUAACCUUUUAACUGACGUCGGCAAGCAUCACCCACAGGCGUUAAUCUAUCCCUUGACAGUCGCAUCCAAGUCCUCCAGCGUGUCGCGCCGAAAUGCAGCGGUUGCCAUCAUGGAGCGCAUGAGAGAACACAGCCCGACCAUCGUUUCCCAGGCAAUGGUCGUCAGUCGAGAAUUGAUUCGCGUAGCAAUCCUUUGGCACGAACUUUGGCAUGAAGGGCUAGAGGAAGCAUCGAGGCUAUACUUCACAGAAAAGAACCCCGAGGGCAUGAUAUCAACAUUAGAACCACUGCACGAGAUGCUAGAAGCCGGGCCAACGACAGCUCGGGAGACCUCUUUUGCCCAAGUAUUUGGCCGAGAAUUACACGAAGCACGUGAAGCCUGUCGACGAUAUCGCAUCUAUGCGGAUACAAGCGAGCUUGACAAGGCAUGGGAUAUUUAUUAUGGCGUGUUUAAGAAGGUUGAAAAGCAAUUACCGCAACUCACAACUUUAGACCUUCAAUAUGUUUCACCUAGUUUGCUGAAGGCCCGCAACCUUGACCUUGCUGUCCCUGGAACCUAUCAAAGUGGCCGGCCAAUCAUCAGGAUUACAAGCUUCGCCACCAAACUCACUGUCAUUGCGUCAAAACAACGCCCUCGUCGCCUCUCGUUAAAGGGCAGUGAUGGUAGAGACUACCAGUACGUAUUGAAAGGUCAUGAGGAUCUCCGCCAGGACGAGAGGGUAAUGCAACUCUUCAGCCUUGUCAACACUUUGCUCUCCGUGGAUACCAACAGCUUCAAACGCCGACUGCAUAUACAAAGAUACCCCGUUAUCCCGCUAGCCCCCAACGCCGGUCUAUUAGGCUGGGUACAAGACAGUGAUACCCUCCAUGUUCUUAUCAGAGAUUAUCGUGAUUCUAGGAAGGUUCUCCUCAACAUUGAGUACCGCAAGAAGCCCUCCACUCAAAUGGCGCCAGACUACGAGAUUCUUACCCUUCUUCAAAAGGUAGAGGUCUUUGAAUAUGUACUGGAAAACACGACGGGACAAGACUUAUACCGAGUAUUGUGGCUGAAGAGCGUCAAUUCCGAGCAUUGGCUAGAGAGGCGGGCAACAUACACACGGUCUCUUGCCGUGAACAGCAUGGUGGGACAUAUACUUGGUUUGGGAGAUCGCCAUCCUUCAAAUUUAUUGCUCGAACGAAGCACCGGGAAGGUCGUCCACAUCGACUUCGGAGAUUGUUUCGAGGUUGCCAUGCAUCGCGAAAAGUUCCCCGAGAAAGUUCCUUUCCGACUGACGAGAAUGCUGACACAUGCUAUGGAAGUUAGCGGGAUAGAAGGUAGUUUUAGAAACACGUGCGAAAUAACCAUGCAAGUCCUUCGAGACAACAAAGAAUCACUCAUGGCGGUCUUGGAAGCCUUUGUGUAUGAUCCUCUCAUCAACUGGAGGUUAAUGCAAGCCGACGUAGAAGUCCGACGAAACGAAGGUGACCCCUACCCGUCUUAGCGUGCCGCUGAGUUGGCAAGAGUAGCCGCACACCCUCAAGCGCCGACACGAAAAUUGAAGGCGGAUGAGAACGACAUUUUCAAUGGUACAUCGUCUUCCAUUGGUGAAAAUGAGGGUCAGGCCGGCGCGCAGGAAGUCAGAAACGAACGAGCGCUAUUUGUUUACAACCGAGUUCAACAUAAGCUUACCGGGCGUGAUUUCAAUCCGGAGGUUUCCCUGAGCAUACCCGCGCAGGUCGAAAAAUUAAUUGAGCAAUCAACUGCCCUAGAAAACCUAUGCCAAUGUUUUUCUGGAUGGUGCGCAUUCUGGUAG